AGCGACAACGUCGACUGUGCAAAGAGAGGACUUGUUGUUGGUGUUUACAUUGACGAUUCUGGCAAUAACGUGAAACUUACACCAGCAGCUGACCAAAUAAAUCAAGAAAGUGGUGGAACAAUUUUAAAAGCAUUAAAAAUUUUGCGACAUACUAAAAUGUAUUAAAAUAAAAAUUAAAAACCAUGUCUGAAAUGACGGAGGAAGAGAACUCCGGAUCACGUGCAAUCAAACGUCAACAUUUGGAUUCCACUGAAACUUCAUUAUCAAACUCUUCAUCUGAUUAUUCUUGUCCUGUAUGCUAUGAUAUUAUUCAUGAAGCACAUAUCACCAAAUGUGGGCAUUCAUUUUGCUAUAGUUGUAUUUCUAGAAGUCUAGAAACAAAUUUAUCUUGCCCAAAAUGUGGUAACUUGUUAUCAGGUGGCAUUUGUGAUAUAUUUCCAAAUCUAGCUCUUGAUAAAUUAGUAACCAAGUAUAAACUAGUAAACCCUGGACGUAAAUUAGAAAACUCUAGUAAACUAGGUUUAAUUGCUGGACUACGGGGAUUUGUUAAUGCUGAAUCUAAAAAAUUAACAUUAUCUGAUGUUGAUGCAAUGUUGGAACUUUUAACUCGACGUAAGCGUAAACUUGAAGCUGAAUCAGCUUUAGCUCAAAAUCGGUUACUUUUUGAAUUCCUUGAAAGGUUAUUAUGUGAUAAAGAAUCGCAAAUGCGCCGGAUUGGAAAACAAGUGGAAUUAGUAAAAAAAGAUGUAGCUUUUGUAAAAAAAAUUUUAAAAGAAUGGGAAGCCAAAAAACCGGUAGCUACUGAUAUAGAACAUACUAAUAUCAAUGAAAAAUUUGAAAACACUCCUUCAAUAAGUAGUGUAAAUAAUUGUAUCCCUGGUAAUAUUCAACGUAGACGUAUGUGUUCACAUUUUGAUGAUUUUGUUGAUUGUUAUUUUUCAUUAAGAGCAAAAGAAUUAGUAUUUGGUAAUAGACACUCAACAGAAGAAGAUGGAAAUGUCAAAGAAAAAGAUCAUGAAAAGGGAUUAGAUGAGUUUCGAGAAAAUCUAGUGAAAUUUUCCAAAUUUAAUGCUCUUAGACCCAUAGCCACCCUGAAUUAUGGCACUGAUAUAUUCAAUAACUCAACUAUAGUAUCAAGUAUUGAAUUUGAUAAAGAUGAUGAAUAUUUUGCUAUAGCUGGUGUAACAAAACGUAUUAAAGUAUUUGAAUAUGAUUGUGUAUUACGCGACAGUGUUGAUAUCCAUUAUCCUUGUGUAGAAAUGAUAUCUGCUUCUAAGAUAUCCUGUGUUAGUUGGAAUUCUUACAGAAAAAACACUGUUGCCAGUAGUGAUUAUGAAGGCGCUGUAUGUGUUUGGGAUGCAGGUACAGGUCAACGCACUAGGAUAUUUCGAGAACAUGAAAAAAGAUGUUGGAGUGUUGAUUUCAAUAAAGCUGAUGCUGGACUAAUGGCUUCUGGAUCAGAUGACGCACGUGUUAAACUUUGGACACUUAAUCAAGAACGGUCCGUUGCAUGUCUUGAAGCAAAAGCCAAUGUAUGUUGUGUCAAGUUCAACCCAAUUGGUGCUUCUUACCUUGCAUUUGGAUCUGCUGAUCAUUGUGUUCAUUAUUAUGAUUUACGACAUGCUAAACGUGCUUUAGCUAUAUUUAAAGGUCACAAAAAAGCCGUGUCAUAUGUAAAAUUCUUAAAUGGAAAGGAAAUGGUUUCUGCAUCAACUGACAGUCAGUUAAAACUAUGGAAUGUCAAUGAAGCCCACGAAGGAUGUGUUCGUUCUUUUGUUGGUCAUGUGAACGAAAAAAAUUUUGUUGGCUUAGCCACUGAUGGUGAUUACAUAGCCUGUGGGUCUGAAAAUAAUUCACUUUAUAUUUACUAUAAGGGAUUACAAAGAAAAUUAUUCACAUUUAAAUUUGAAGCAAAUAACGCAAUUUUGAGUGCAUCUGAAGAAGAAAAAGAUAGACGGAGAGAUGAUGAUGUUAAUGAAUUUGUUUCAGCUGUUUGCUGGCGUCAAACAUCCAACAUACUUAUGGCUGCUAAUAGUCAAGGAAUCAUUAAAGUUCUUGAACUUAAAUAAUUCUAUGAAUCAUUUUAUUAAAACUGUACAUUUUUUAAUUAAUUAAUGUUAUUAUUUAUUUGUAUGUAAAAUUGUCUAUUUAUCUCAUUUGUAUACAAUAUAUUUUGGAAUAGUGUGAUAUUUUAUGUUUUAUUAUAUGUAUUAUUACUGACAAAGUGUAUAUUUAAAUAUUAUUAUGUUGUUUUGAUAAAUUUAGAUAAACCAAUAUUAAGUAUCUGUGAAUUUGUGUGCUUCCAUAAGCCAAAUGUCCAAUGUCCUACAUAGUAUUUAUAAUAGAUAAAUUGAUAUUUUUAUUAUUAUUAUUAUUAUUAUUAUUAUUAUUAUUACUAUUAGCUGAUUAUAAUUGUGUUGAAAAUAUUUUAUGUAGAUGAACAGUUUAAUGUGAAUGCAAAUUUACUAGAAAUAUAUUUAUAUAAUUAUAUA